UCCGCAUCCACGCCCAGGGUGCUCGAACACGGCUGUCAUCUGUUGAUACUGCAUACAAAAUGUCAGGCCGGGUUCCAUCGAUCGCUUGCAUUGGCGUCAUCGGCAAGCACAACAACCCGCUGCAUAUAUCUCUGUUUCCGCCUGAGGAGCGCGCGCCACUAGAGUUCCAAUUUCUUCUGUCGUCAUGCUUGGACAUCUUCGAGACUCGUCUGCCGCAUAAGACGGCAGACCAGGAUUUUGGACUGCUGCAAGCUGUUGAUGAGAGGCUGGCCAUGUACGGCUGGCUCACCAACACUGGCGUCAAGUUCAUCAUAGUAGUGGACAUGGAAGGAAAGCCAGCUAAUCCUCUUGAUCAUAAACCAGCAGCCGCCGUUGGGCUGCGAGAUGCGGACAUGAAGCCUGCGUUCAGAGCAUUGCAAACAGCGUACAUUAAGCUGCUCAGAAAUCCAUUCUAUGACCCAGAUGAGCACUCCCCAGUCACGGUCAACUCUGAGCACAGGAUUGGCUCGACUCAGAUCACAAGCCGCAAGUUCAUUCAAGAGGUCAAGAAGAUUGCUGAUGCAUGGUCUCCCGGGGUUACAAACAUUUGAACUACGUUUAUUAGGCAUCCA